CCCUAGCUCUCGUGCGUCUCUCGCGGUUUUUGAAAAAACAAAAAAUCUAAAUUAUCGGUGAAUUAAAUUUCUAAAUUGAGUAUUCGAUUAGGGUUUCAAAUCGCAGAGGUGAUAUUCAAACCCUAAUCCAUGAUUCGUGGUCGUGAUCGUCGUGAUUUGGGCGAGGAAUCGUUUAUUUCGUGCUGUCUCGGUUGAGAUCUGAAAAAGGCGCACAGGUAUGUAUGAUGGAAUGUGAACAUUGGAGAAUUUCAUUCUGUGCCGCGGAUUGUUCAUGGAAGAUAGAGAAGAGAACUCCUAUGGCACUGCAAUUCCCAAAAAAUCGAGAUCUUUGGAUCUGAAGAGUUUAUAUAAAUCAAAAGUGACGCUAGAGACUCCAAAGAAGAACUUAAAGAGGAAAGUUAGUGGUCCAACGGAUGGUGAUGAGAAGAGGAACAAGAAAAAAAAGACCAGAAAGGAAGUGUCUCUAAGUAACUUGGAGAAUGGUGAUGGUGGCACCAAGAAAAUUGUUGAUGAAGAAUAUCAUAAAGGGCCUGAUCCUGGUGGGCAGGAAUUGUGUGAACGGAAGGUGGAGGCGAGGCAGAGACUGAGUAGCAGUAGUGGGCCUAAUAGAGUUUCACUAAGUCUUGAUGAUGAUGUUGUUCAUAUUCCAAAGCGAAAGAGGGAUUUUGUGGGUCGGAAGAAAUUUGAAGUUGGUCAAGCACCAAAUUUGGCCGGGCAGCCUAGUUGUAAAAGUGGCCAUGGUGAUCAGAUGCCUAAGUUAAUUUAUGGCGAUUUGGACAGGGAGAUCGAGUCUUCAAAGAUUAAGCAGAAGACAAAUUUUAAUGAAUUUAAGGAAAGUAGGAGUAGUGAUUCAAAUUCAUUUCAGCAUUUCAAGGGUAAUGAGGAGCGCUCCUCUCAUUCUGUUGUAAAUAAUGGUGUUUCCACUUUAAAGAAGUCACGGAGGAAGGAUAGGAAGCAAAAGGCAUUGGCUCCGGAUAGAAUUAGAGUUGCUAAGGAGGAUGGUCCUCUAAUUGAUGAUAGUAAAGUAUCUGAUUAUUUGCAGGAAGAUGAUGAGGAGAAUCUUGAGGAGAAUGCAGCAAGGAUGCUGUCUUCACGGUUUGAUCCGAACUGUACUGGGUUUUGUUCCAGUAGCAAGCCUUCUACACUUCCAUCAUCAAAUGGUUUGUCCUUUUUGCUUUCUUCUAGUCGAAAUAUUGUUAGUCAUGGGUCAAAGUCUCGGUUGGGUUCAGGAUCGGCAUCGGUCGAUACUGCUGGUAGAGCCUUGAGGCCUAGGAAACAAUUCAAAGAAAAGGGUAAUUCCAGGAAGAGGCGCCAUUUUUAUGAAAUAUUGUUAGGUGAUAUGGAUGAACAUCAGGUACUGAAUCAGAGAAUUAAGGUCUUUUGGCCUUUGGACCAAAGUUGGUAUCGUGGUCUUGUCGAUGGCUAUAACAAAGAAACAAAGCUUCACCAUAUCAAAUAUGACGAUCGAGAAGAAGAAUGGAUUGAUCUCCAAACUGAGAGGUUCAAACUGCUGUUGCUUCCUAGUGAAGUUCCCAGAAAAGGAGGGGUGAAAAGAGCAGUAAGGAAAAGUAGAAGUUCUGAUCGGCAUAAAGGGAGCAUGUCCAGAAAAGAAAGGCAAAAAACAGAUGUGAUUACAGAGGAUGAUAGCUGUGGUGAAAGCUUUAUGGACACACAGCCUAUAAUCUCUUGGUUGGCUCAUUCUUCACAUCGGUUUAAAUCCUCUGCUUCUCAUGGCAUUAAGAAACAUAAAACUUCUGAUACACUUCCGAGUACAGCCUCAUCAUUUUCAUCAUUGUUAUAUGAUGAACCUGUAAAAGAACAGGGAUACCUAGCUGAGAGUUCCCUGAAGGAUGGUAAAAGUAAUUUGUCCAGGGAUUCUGUAUCACAAGAUAUAUUAGGUGAUAAUUUUGGGAAGAGGUCCUCAUUGCAAAGCAUCAAUUCCCAUAAAGAUGAUAAACAGCCUAUUGUCUAUUUUAGAAAGCGGUUUCGCAGGCCGACUCCAUUAUCUCUUCAUAUCUCUGAAGAUAAACAUGUUAACAUAAGUGCAUUGUGUUCCAUUUCCUCUGUUCCUGUGGUUGGUGGGGUUAUGCAAGUGAAAGAACCAAAUAAUAGAAGUGUUGAGACUGAAGGGCCAUUGCGCUUCACAUACAAUGCAGGAGUAUCUACAUUUUUCUUGGACAUUGGGUCAGCAGCAUUCAAAUUUGACUUAAACUAUCCAAUACAUUUGGUGCUGAAUGACUCAUUUAGAUCAGAGAAUUUGUGGUUGCUCAAUGCUAUUCUGCUACUUCAGUAUGGUACAGUUAUGACUAUGUGGCCAAGAGUUCAUUUGGAGAUGCUUUUUGUUGAUAAUGUGGUUGGGCUGAGGUUCCUAUUAUUUGAAGGCUGCUUGAAGAUGGCUGCAGCCUUUUUAUUUUGGGUCCUUAGGGUAUUUCAUCAACCUGCUGACCAAGGGAAGUAUAUUGACUUGCAGUUGCCAGUUACAUCUAUCAGAUUUAGGUUUGCAAGCGUUCAUGUCAUCAAGAAGCCUCUUGUGUUUGCAUUUUACAACUUCUCCAGAGUGAAGAAUUCAAAGUGGAUGUACUUAGAUUCGAAGCUUAAGAGACAUUGUCUACUCAGUAAGCAGCUCUGUCUCUCUGAAUGCACAUAUGAGAACGUCCAGGCACUUCAAAAUGGAUCAAGUGAGUGUCCUAUUACUUCCAUCAGUGGCAAGCCCUCAGUCAAGGUCAUGUGGAAGAGGACUAAGCCAGGGAUUAAUAUUAUGGGUGUUUCCAGAGAGUUCACUCAGGUUGAUACUCAUCAGUCUUCUGAUGCUGUCAAGAGGAAGAUUCCUCCAUUUUCACUUUCUUUUGCUGCUGCACCUACAUUUUUUCUCAGUUUGCAUCUUAAGUUGCUGAUGGAAAAGUCAGUAGCUCAUAUAAGCUUUUGUGAUCAUGCGCUAGUAGAUGAUCAGGAAGACUCUGGUCUGAUGACCGAUGAUUGCUAUAGCAUUGAUGAUUGCUCUAACAGGAUUGCAGAAAUUAAUAUGAAGAAAGAUAUAAUCACUUUUCCAAAGGAUGCUGUGUGUGAUGGAUUGACUUGUGCCGAGUCAGAUCCGUUAAUUGGUCCGUCUAAUUGCAGUGGUCGAAUUCUCUCUCAAAAUUACCAGAAUAUUGAUCGUAGUGCUGAUGGAAGUUCUGCUUCUCAUGUUCCUGAUAGGCUUGGUACUGUUCAGUUACCAGAGUGGCAAUAUCAUCAUUCUGACCUAUGCUCUUUGCCUCCAAGUUCUUUGACCAAUAAGGUUAAAGCUGAUGAUGGUUCCCAUUCUUUUCUGUGUGAUCUCAGCAUCCAAAUUCCUUCAGUUGAUCAGUUUGAGAAACCUGUUGAUGGCGAUUUGGAUGAUACUCAACGCUCUUCUGAUUUUUCUUGGAAUAUAAAUGGAGGUGUCAUUCCAAGCCCCAAUCCAACAGCUCCCAGAAGUUCUUGGCAUCGGAACCGAAUUAGUUCUUCAUCAUUAGGAUUCCAGUCGCAUGGGUGGUCUGAUGUGAAGGCUGAUUCUCUUCACAAUGGUUUUAGCAAUGGACCUAAGAAGCCACGAACACAAGUAUCUUAUUCAGUUCCUUUAGCCGGGUAUGAUUUUAAUUCAAGGCAUAGAAGCCAUUAUCAUAGAGGGUUGCCUCACAAGCGAAUUAGAAAGGCUAACGAGAAGAAGUCAUUGGAUGUUGCUAGGGGUCCUCAAAAGAAUUUGGAGUCCUUAUCUUGUGAUGCAAACGUGUUGAUUACCCUUGGUGAUAAAGGGUGGAGAGAAUCUGGUGCACAAGUUGUACUAGAGCUGUUUGACCAUAAUGAGUGGAAACUUUCUGUAAAACUUGCUGGAAUUACAAGGUAUUCAUACAAAGCACAUCAGUUUCUGCAGACCGGAUCAACAAAUCGUUACACACAUGCUAUGAUGUGGAAAGGAGGGAAGGAUUGGAUCUUAGAGUUUCCUGAUAGGAGCCAGUGGGCUCUUUUCAAGGAGAUGCAUGAGGAAUGCUACAACCAGAACAUCCGUGCCGCUUCAGUUAAAAAUAUACCUAUACCUGGUGUUGUCUUGAUAGAAGAAAAUGAUGAGAAUGAAUCUGAAGUUACUUUUGUUCGGAGCUCUAAAUAUUUCCGACAAGUUGAAACAGAUGUAGAGAUGGCUCUGAAUCCAUUGCAUGUCCUGUAUGACAUGGAUAGUGAGGAUGAGCAGUGGAUUAUGACUAUUCAAAAUUCUGAAAAAGACAGCAUUGGCUUGGAUGGGAUCUCGGAUGAGAUGUUUGAGAAGGCAAUGGACUUGUUUGAGAAGGCUGCAUAUGCCCAGCAGUGUGAUCAGUUUACACCUACUGAGAUAGAGGAACUCAUGGUUGAUGUUGUGCCCUUCAGUGUAGCCAAUAUCAUUUAUCAACAUUGGCAGCAGAAAAGGCAGAAGGAGAGAAUGUCUUUAAUACGCCAUUUUCAGCCACCUCUAUGGGAAAGAUAUCAGCAAGAAGUGAGAGAGUGGGAAGUAGCCAUGACCAAGAAUAACAUUCCCGUUUCUAAUGGGUGCCUGCAAAAGGUUGCAACUUUGGAGAAGCCGCCCAUGUUUGCUUUCUGUUUGAAACCUAGGGGUUUGGAAGUACUGAACAAGGGAUCAAAACAUCGAUCACAAAAGAAAAUUUCAGUCUCAGGGCAUACAAAUGGUAUUCUAUACGAACAUGAUGUUUUCCACCCUUUUGGAAGAAGACUGAAUGGUUUGGCAUUUGGUGAUGAGAAGUUUGCAUACCCAGGACAUAAUUAUGAUUCUGUGGAUGAUUCCUCAUUGCCUCAGACAUCACCGAGGGUAUUCUCACCACGGGAUCCUGGCAGGAUGGGAUAUUAUUCUGUGAGCAACGACGGGUAUGAUAGAAAUCAUAUCCCCAAAUAUCACCGAAGCAAGUCAAGUAAAUUUGGCUCAUAUAUGUUUCAAAAUGAUGUACGGAUGACUUCCUAUAGUCCGAGAGUUUCAGGGUCAGGGAAGAGAAAUGGGGUUAGUAGGUGGAAUAUGGGCUAUUAUGACUUGGCAGGUCACAGGCAGUACCUGUUGGAUGGCCCUCCGAGACAUGGGAUUGAACAAUUGGAUGGUUCUGACCUUGAUGAGUUUAGAUUGCGUGAUGCCUCUGGUGCUGCCCAGCAUGCACUUAACAUAGCCAAAUUAAAGAGAGAGAGGGCUCAGAGAUUGCUUUAUAGAGCAGAUCUAGCAAUUCACAAGGCUGUCGUUGCCCUCAUGAAUGCUGAAGCAAUGAAAGCUUCUGAGGAUUCAAAUGGUGAUGGGUAGGUAAGACAUGAAUAUUUGACCCUGUGAUAGCUUAAUGGAUCCUUUCAGUUUGUAACGAGCUGCUUAGCGGCACGCAAGUAGGCUCAGCAGUGAUUUUGCUGGACAUGGCUUCUGUUUUGACUUUGUCAAGGGCUGUGGUCUUCUGUCAUUAUCAUCCAGAUAUUAAAAAGUCAUGAGAGCUGAAAUCAGUGAGACGGAGAGGAGAUUUAUCAGCUUCAAAGUGCAACUCUUUUGCACUGUUCACCAGCACCCUUUCCAGCUUGAGAUCUGCUUAGUUCAGCGUUACUGUUGCACUGAUCUGCGUGGUAUGGGUCUAUGGAAUUUUGGCUUCCUAUAUUUGUACAGUCCCCCCCCCCCCCCCCCCCCCCCCCCCCCCUUCUUUUUUUUUUGCCCUUCUUCCUUCUUGCCCCCUUAACCUCAGUUUCAAAUGUUAAAUAUGAAAAUAGAAAUCGGCCAAAUAAUACAA